AUGUCGUCCCAUGGCGGACAACAGAACUUCCCUUUCGGCUGUACGGCCUACACCUUUCCUAUCAAUCCCUCUACCUACUUUCCCUUCUUUGAAGAUUCAUUUGCUUACGUCUACUCCCCAGACCAACCUGAAAAUCUUCAUGGGAUUGGUUUACCCGAGUUUAUGACCCCAGGUCCUCCCCCAGGCCAACCUUUGCUCAAUGCACAUGAAAAUCAAGAUCUGGACAACUUCUUCCAGGGCUUUGAUCAGAAUGCUGCUGCCAACAAAGUCCUUACGCAUGCUCAAUACAAUCCCCGCACCGAUCAUGACCAGUUCUUUGACAUGCCGCCAACAUUCGUUGGCUCGGACACUGCGCUGGCACAGCGGUCUAUCAUCGACCAGCAUCAGCUAACAGGAGCUGGGUUUCCGUACGGUGAUGGCUUUUUGGGACAUGACAUGACCACGGUCUCACAGACAAAUCCGCUGGUCGGCGGAAUGCACGGCGUUUCAUACAAUGAUACUACAUUCCCAAAUCCCCUCAUGGCUCAACUGCAGUCAGCCGCAUCGAUGCAACCGGCCUACACCCAAGGAUGGCAACAGCCCUAUCCACCUCCGACUGCAGUCAGGAUACCACCAGCAGGCCGUCUAGACAUGUCUUUCGGCUCUGAUUCUCGGUUUCAACCUAGUGGCUAUGCUGCUCCUCAUAAUCCCAUGGAUCCUGACCUGCCGCAAGGACUACAGAUGAACAACCCCAUCGGCGAAUGGUUGGAGCCGGCAAGCGGAAGCACGACCCAGCCUAACACGCAGCCAAACACACAGCCGUCGAGUCCGACGUGGUCAAAGAAGAGAAAUUUUGAUGAUUUCAUCAGAGAUCAACCUCGCAAUGGCUUGAUUGCCUCGAUUCCACAAGCUAGCAUGGUGCAACCCGCUCCACCGCAAUCUGGUUCUCGGAGGAAGCGCUCUGUUGUCAAAAGCGAAACAAGAACUUCAAUAUCCCAGCCUCCAACACCGCUAUCCAGUAGCAAACCACAAACCCCCCUCAACGCCGGAAAUUCAGGAAUGGGCGAACAGGAGCCAGAUACCGACGUGGAAGCCGAAGGGGAGGACGAACACGACACUGCAGAACAGUCCAGAUCACCUUCCCCAGCACCUUGGCCCGCAUCGAAAGCUCGUCCACCUCGAAAUACAAAGGUUCCUCCACUUAAGCCCUCCCGAAAGAAGAAGGUGAAUGCAAGUGGAUCAACGCCAAUCAAACCCAAGUCAAAGGUCCAUCGUCCCAGUAUCACUUCUACCCGAGUGCCACUCAGUGUUGAGCAAAAGAAAGCCAAUCACACGAACUCGGAGCAACGACGUCGGGAUGCAACUGCCCGUGCUUACGCGGAAUUGUACGACUUGGUCCCAGAACUUGAAGAAAUGGGGAAGCAGAGUACCAUGAAGAAGCUAGAGGUUGUCGUGGCCAAAGUGCAGCGCGUAAAGGAACGGGUUGAGGAACUAAGGGCAAAGGUCGGACUGGACUCUGUGACUGGGAGGCCAGUCAGUGGUCCAGGUGGAGGAUCAGGGAUGCUCUUGUUCAGCGACGUUGUUGACUGGCACCAAUGA